UACGUUGGUAUGACAGGUUUCCUAACCUUACAAGUCAACUUUAACGAUUAAUAUCUCAUUUCGCGUGGCAGAGCGACACUUUUUUCUGCCAGAUUCUUUUGUUUCGUGUAAAAACGCGUCGAAUGAGCCUAAUUUCAUCGAUUUUUGAGUGCAAAGAAAACUCGAUGAAGGGACUGUAUGUAAACUGUGUCACAACGAAUUGAAUCUCGAAAGUAGACAAGGUAGACGAAUCGUUUGACGGAAUGGCCGAGCAUAAUUUUCCACCGUUGAAGAAUGAUCGAAUACUUAAAGCUGCGCGUGGGGAACCAGUCGACAGAGUGCCAGUUUGGGUCAUGAGACAAGCUGGGAGAUAUCUUCCGGAGUUUCAAAGUGUCAGAGCUCGGAAUGAUUUUUUCACUGUGUGCCAAAAUCCUGCAUUGGCGUGCCAAGUGACUUUACAGCCGAUAAAACGCUUUGAUCUGGAUGCCAGUAUAAUAUUUUCAGAUAUUUUAGUGAUUCCACAGGCAAUGGGCUUAAAAGUGGAAAUGGUAGCGGGAGUGGGUCCAGUCUUGCCUGAGCCAUUAGCCGGUCCCGACGACUUGGCCAGACUUGUGCGACCGAAUGUGGAAGAAGCUCUGAAAUAUGUCGGGGAUGCCAUAACGUUGACUCGCCAUCAGUUGGAUGGAAAAGUACCAUUGAUAGGAUUCAGUGGCGCGCCUUGGACUCUGAUGGGUUACAUGAUUCAAGGAGGUGGUAGCUCUACGAUGGCAAAAGCGCGAUCUUGGUUGUACAAGUAUCCGGAAGAUUCUCACAAAUUAUUGCGAAUGAUUACGGACAUUAUCGUGGAUUAUUUAGUGAUGCAAGUGAAAGCCGGUGCUCAGCUACUCCAAGUGUUUGAGAGCAACGGAGACUAUUUGGAUGAUGCAUUGUUUGCGAAUUAUUCUUUCCAUUAUCUGAAGCAGAUUAGCGAACGCGUACGAGCACGAUUGAAGGAAGCGAGUAUUGCGCCAGUGCCCAUGAUUGUUUUCCCGAAGGGUGCGACUAUGAAUUCCUUAAAGAUUCUCGCGGAGGAUCAGGGUUACGAGGUCAUAGGGCUUGAUUGGACCAUAGAUGCCGUGGAAGCCAGACGACAACUGGGACCUAACAUCACCCUGCAGGGGAAUAUGGAUCCUUGUGCAAUGUAUUCUCGCGAGGACGAAAUUGUCGACCGUGCACGAAAGAUGGUGUCAAAUUUUGGUAAAAGCCGAUACAUCGCCAACUUGGGACACGGCAUUUUACCAGACACUCCCAUUGCAUCUAUGGAGGCCUUUAUUAAGGGUGUACAUUCCGCAUGAAUGUUUCUCUUUCUUUUUACGCGCUUUAAGACACGCGUUGUAAGCGUUUGUUUGUUUCAAGUUUCAUUGUUAAUAAUUAUUUUUAAAAAAAUUAUGAAAGAAACAAGAAAAAUACAUUGAUACCUUUUA